UUCACUCACACCUUGACACGCACCGUCGACGGGCAGCGACACUUCCCUGUCUGACACGCUCGCAGGCCAUCUCUCGCGCUUCGGCCACACAUCUCCCAACUCAUCUCUUCAGCCACAUACUGCCUGCUUCAGCGAUCCAACCUACACUGCUCAGCCGACCCAUUCACACUUCCCUCAUGAACAACGCGCCUCUGGUGCAGGCGCUCGCCGACCCGCCCCCGCCUGGUCCAGAGCCGCGCCUCAGGGUAGAACGCGGCCCGUGUCUGAUUGCAAGGCUGCCGUCUGCUGGCGUUCUCGCCCGCGAAGCUCGCGAACGCGUCUCCAACCUCGAAUGCAGGCGCUCAGACGAGGUCGAGCGCUUAGUCGAAGAUGCCCUCGAAGAUGCGCUUGACCCGCCGACCUCCCCCACCGUCGACCAACCCUCUUCCCCUCAACCCGACGACCCACCUCCCAGCCCCACCGUCCGCACCCCCGUCACCGCCCUGCGCGCCCUCUUCCGAAUGGGCGCCUCUGCCGCCACACCCAAGCCCACCAACACCCAUGCGCCGACGAAUCGCGUGCCCGAGCCAUACGAGGUGUUGAGAGCAAUUGAGAGGGGGGACGAGAUGUAUUUGAUGGAUAUAAGAGAUCGGGCAUUCCAUCUCCUCCUCACCACCCGCGCCGGCGACCCCCCGCUCCUGCACGCCCUGCGCAUCGGCAAGAGCCACCGGUCGAUCGCGCUCCUGUUGGUGGGCGCGUUUUCGAGAUACAUCAAUAACCUCGAGGAGGACGAGAUGUCGAAGAAGGGGACGAGGGGCGUGUUGAAGGCGUUGCGCACGAACCUCAAACUGGCCAUCGACCACGACCUGGCGCGCGACCGGAGCGACCUCGCGGCGAGCUUCAUGCAGGUGCUGGUGAUGAGCGAGGGCGAGCGCUGGGUAGCCGCACAAGCCGAAGCGGUCGGGCGCGAAUUGCGAGUAGCCGUGGACCGGUCGGGGGAGGGGAGGCCGCUGGGGCGGUUGGCGAGUGCGCCGGAUCGACCGUCGGGGCGGUUGGCGAGUGCACAAGGCGACUACGGUGAUGCGCAAGACGACGGUCAGGAUGGCACCGACGUCGGCAACGGCAGCGAGGGGGAGUACGAUGACGACGCUGCACGACGGCGGGUCAUACCUUCGCCAACGUCGCGAAUAAGGACGGCGUCGGUGGCCACUUUACCACCCGCCCCUUCACACCAUCGGACCAGGACGAUGUCGAGCUUGUCGGGUGGGCGGGCGUCGACCUCUUCCUCUUCGCAUCGGCUUUCGACUUCCAGGCCAUCGACCUCGUCAUUAUCGACCUCGCCCCCGCACAUCCGCACGCGUACAGCAUCUACAGCCACAACGCCACUGGAAACAGCGACCCCCAUCGCCGCCGGCCACCCCGUCGCCACCGCGCGCGCCGCGGUGCGCAAGUUUGCGACCAGGGAGUUGGGGCGGGCGGAGCUGAUUGCGAGCUUGGAGGAUUACAUCGGCAACGCAACCGUCGACCUGCUCCUCCUCGGCGCGUGGGGGCUCGCGCGCGAGGUCGUGGGCGGGGAGGGGAUCCCGACCUCCUACUUCGCCCGCGACGACCGCACGUACCGCGUGUUCUGCGAGCGGCUGGACGAGCUCGGGAUCGGUGGGGAGGAGGGGGUGGGUGAGGGUGAGGGUGAGGAGGGCGAUGAAGUGAAGACGGCCCCCGCACCCCGACCUCGACCUCGACCAACACCCACGCUCUCAACACUUCCAACACCCACUACAACCAGCACGAACGCACCAAACCGCGCGGCGCACAAGCUCCCGCGCAAGCUGAGGUGGCAGCUGAGGGUGCUGAGGGCCGCGGUGGGCGGGCGGAAGACGACGUAUCGGACAAAGGUUGAGCUCCUGGAGGCGGAGCUGGAUGGGAGGUGAGGGGACGGUGAGGGGACGGUGAAGGGGAUGCUCUAGGAACGAAGGUGCGAUAUGCUCUAGGAACGAAGGUGCGAUUCUGCUCCGAACAUCUCGACCAUGACCCGACACGGUUUCGCUCUGCGCCUCGUUGGACGGACUUGUACAUCACCGGAUAUAUAUUUUGGAUACAGGUGAACCCCUCAUAACCCAUACCUAUCGGAGCGCCUCCGAGGGUCGACCGGGUACGAUUUGCGCGCCAAAAAGUAUAUGGAACGGAAGGCAUAUCCCUCAAGAAUUAUAUCCGAAAGUUGGUUUGACCCCGGCGCGCCUACGACGAGCCUCGGAGGCGCUCCGAUAGGUAUGGGUUAUGAGGGGCUCACCUGUAUGUACCUUGUAGGCCAUCAUGUAUCAUCUGUAGGCUUUCGUGUAUCAUCACUCCUUACUCGUUAUUUU